AUGGGAACUGCUCAGUUCUCCUUGGGUGGAUGGGUUGAGCAUGCCCUAUGUCCUUACAGCUUGGCAACAGCUAUUAAUGUUUAUUUUAUUAUUUUAAUACAAAUAUCUUCUUUCCUAUUUGCUACCCUUUUUUAUGUACACAUUAAGAUAUCAAACCACUUUCAUCCAUUCUUUAGCAUACUAUUGGGCUCCAUCAUAUUCAGCUAUGCUCUUUGCGGCCUAUGUCUCAGUGUUCAACGAAUAGUUUUUCUGUUCGAAUGGGACACUUUACAUAAUUUGUUGGAAUAUCCUAUCGUUUAUCUAUAUGGUUACAUUACGCCCGCGUAUUUAUCUUUCAUAAUUGAACGCCUCAUUGCCACUAUCUACUAUUCACGUUAUGAACAUUCACGGUUUUGGCCAUUACUAGUUGUUCUGGUGGUUUUUGCGAACUGUUUCGCCAUAUUUGAAAUCACACAAAUAUCCAAAAAUGAGGAGGGUGGAGAGAAAAGUUAUGUAUUCGGGUACUAUCUCAUGGGGCUAUGUGCACUCACAAGCUUGGCUUUUCUAAUAAUUUUCUUGAUUAAUCAGUAUUUGAUGAAAUCCAGUACUAAUCAUAUGACUCUUACUCAGCGUUAUCAAUUGAUUGAGAAUAUCAAAGUUGUGAGAAAUGCAUUAUUACCCAUUGCCAUAUUCGAUACUCUCAUAACCGUUACGGACUUUGCCGGAAAUGCUAUUUUCAAGGAAAAGUUCAUUCCCAUACCUGAUCGAUGUGAGAAUGCAGUCGUUUACAUUGUGGUAUUUACUCUGAUGAAUACAUUAUCCAUCUGUUUCGAAUAUUGUAUUCCAUUAUUCAUCAUGUUAAAAUGGGCAGCCUAUAAGAAAAAUUUACCAUUUUGGAUUAAUUGUAGAAAGCAAGUCGUUCCCCAUCGAGAUUCAACCGUGAUUUUGAGUGUCUUUGGGGACUCUCUUAACCAAUCGCCAACUGUCAUUGAUUAUUUCAAUCAUUUACAAAUGGAAUGGAAUAAAUGA